AUGAGCGUCGCCGCCUUCGACGGCUCCUUUGCGCCGCUCGUGCGCCCAACCACCCGCCGCGACGGGCCGUGGUACAAAGACCGCGAUUACCUCCUCGCCGGCUGGCUGAGCCCGGCCAUCUGGAGAGCCGCCAUCGUCGAAGCCGUCGCCACCUCGUGCCUCGUGUACCUGUCCCUGCUCUGCGCCGACACGCUGUCCAGCUACAACACCCCCCGCGUGGGCGGCUACGUCGGCGUCUUCAACACGGCCCUGCUCGCCAUCUUCAUCUACGCCACCAGCCCCGCGUCCGGCGGCCACAUGAAUCCCCUCAUCACCUUUUCCGCCAUCCUGGCAGGCCUGUGCCCGGUCCCACGAGGCGUCCUGUACCUCGGCGGCCAGCUGCUCGGCGCCGCGCUGGCAGGCGCCGUCCUGACCGGUGUCUGGGGCCCCGACAAGGCCGCAAGGAUCCGCGGCGGCGGCUGCUUCUUCGCGCCGUCCGUCACGUCCGCCGGCCAGGUCGUCCUCAACGACGUCUUCUGCUGCUUCGUCACGCUCUACCUCUCCUACGGCGUCGGCCUCGACCCCCGCCAGGCCGCCCUCUUCGGGCCCCGGCUGGGCCCCUUGCUCGUCGGCGCCUCCCUCGGCCUCGUCUCCUUUGCGAGCAGCGGCAUCGCCCAGGGCUCCGAUGGCGCCCAGGCCAACCCCGCCCGGUGCUUUGCCGCCGCCGUCGCGAGAAGGGACAUGUCUUACCAGUGGCUGUGGUGGUUUGGUCCUGCUGCCGCCGCCGUCUUGUUUGCCGUCUUCUAUAAUCUCAUCCCGCCCCAUCACCAUCAGCCGCGAGAGCCCAUCAAGUCAGACGGGCAUGACCGCCGACUCAAUGUAUAA